AUGAGAAAUGCAACCCUACUUAAAAGAUUGAUAGAAACUUCUUUUGAUUCUAUUUUAUUCUGCCAAUUGGUUGAGGUUAAUGCACAUUCUUUAUUCAGUAAAUGGUUCUCUGAAACUGGUAAAUUGGUUGCGAAACUUUUUCAAAAAAUCCAAGAGAUGGUAGAGGAAGAUAACAGCCUGGUAUUUGUUUUGAUUGAUGAAGUUGAAAGCUUAGUUGCUGCUCGAAAUGAUGCUUUGUAUGGAUCCGAACCUUCUGACUCGAUUAGGGUUGUGAAUGCUUUACUCACUCGGAUGGAUAAAUUAAAAUCCUCGCCUAACGUCAUCAUCCUAACAACUUCAAAUAUUACAGCUGCAAUAGAUAUUGUGUUUGUCGAUAGGGCAGAUAUUAAGGCCUAUGUGGGGCCUCCAACCCUUCAAGCAAGGUAUGAGAUACUAAGGUCGUGCAUCCAGGAACUGAUUAUUCUUUUAUAG